GUCACUGUCAACCGUGUCAUAUGAUUUUUCUGCUUUACGUAAAGUGGGUGCUGCAAUUUAAUUUAUAAAUUAAUAGACAAAAUGCCAGUCUGCGGGCCUAAGUUGUCGUUAUGCGGCGUGAUUCUAAGCACUUGGGGAAUCAUCCAAUUGACUUUAAUGGGCAUCUUCUACUACAUUGGGGCUGUGGCUUUAGCAGAGGAUAUCCCCGAGGUUAAAUUUACUGGCGAUUUAAACCAAUUUUACACAGACGUAAAUAAGGGAUUCCAACAAAAUGCCUACAAUUGCUGGAUUGCAGCUUUACUGUAUUUGAUCACAUUGGCGUUUUCUGCGCACCAAUUCUGGGCGAAUAAUAGGUCAUCGUUGAAUGUAUAAACUAAACUACACAUUACCCCCUUAUCUAAAUUGUAUAUAAUUUUUUUCUUUACAUUCCUGUUCGUUUCAGAGGUAACCCGUUCAAAAAAAAUAGUAUUUCAAUCUAAAAUGCGCCGUUGCAUUCUUGCAACGCGCCGAAUUUAGCUGUAAUUUUAGUUUCGGUUGUACGUUCGUAUUAAAAAACCGCCUACAAUCUUGUUGAAGUUCCGAUUAUUGUAUUUAUUUGUAAAGAAAUAUAUGGUUUUAAAUGUUAGAAAAACGUAGGAUGUCACCCGUCUAAUCUAUUGUGAAUAUUGUCGAUAAAUAAAUUCUAAUAUUCCCAAUUCUGUACUUAUAUAAAAAUUUAUUCCUUAGCCAUCGCUUUAAUCAUAUUCAAAGCGCUACCCGCCUUGAACCACUCGAUCUGCGGCCGGUUGAACGAAUGAUUCAAUUUGAUUUUCUCGACGUUACCGUCGCCGUGCUUGAUCUCGCAGUCCAACGGCUGGCCGGGCGCGAACCCGCCCAAACCCUUCAGCGACACCUUAUCCGUCGGCUGGAUCUUGUCGUAGUCCUGCGGGUCCGCGAAGGUGAGGGCCAGCAUGCCCUGCUUCUUCAAAUUGGUC